AUGUCUUCUGAUUUAUAUGUUGGAAUAGAUUUAGGAACAACAAGAACAAAAGCUGUUCUUUGGAGUAGACAAUUUUCAUCUUUUAAUGUAAUCAAAUUUAAUGAAAAAGAAUAUCUUCCUUCCGUUAUUGAUACUACAAAUCCAUCUAAUGUUAUAGUUGGUGUUGAUAGUUCAAAAGAAGGAAUGAUCUAUGAUAUUAAAAGAAUUAUUGGUAAAAAUUCAAAAAGUGAAGGAAUUGAACUUGAGAAACAACGUUUUGGUAAAAGACUAAUUUUCGACAAAGAAGGAAAUCCUCAAAUAAAACUUAAUUGUUCAUCAUCAGAAACUUUACAACCAGAAGAAAUUAGUGCUAUUAUUUUAAAUAAAGUAAAGAAAACAAUUAUUGAACAAACUCAAACAGAUAAAUUUAAAGUUAUUGUAACUGUUCCAGCUACUUUUACAGACCAACAAAAAGAUGCUACAUUAUGUGCUGCUCAAUUAGGAGGAUUAGAUGUUAUUCAAAUCUUACCAGAACCAACUGCAGCUGCUUAUGCCUAUGGAGUAGAUCAAAAUAAUGGAAACUUUUUUGCAUUUGAUUUUGGAGGAGGAACAUUAGAUACUACUAUUCUUAAAAAAACAGGUAAUAGUUUAAAAGUUAUAAGUGCUGGUGGAGAUCAACAACUUGGUGGAAUUGAUAUUGAUAUAAAUUUAUUUGAAUUUGUUCUAAACAAAAUUAAAAAUGAAGAUGUUAAUUUGUAUAAUAGCCUUAACAUAACACAAAGUGAUGACAGUAAAACUCAAACAAGAAAGAUUAAUAAAAGAAAUAAAUUAAGAAAAGAAGUUGAAAAAGCAAAAAUUGAAUUAUCAUCAUCUAAUGAUGUAAUAAUUAAUUUAUCAGAAGUCCAAGACUGUGAAGAAGAAGAGGGAAUAGAAUUUGAGAUUACCCAAAAUGAAUUUGAAUCAAUUAAUAAAAAAAUAUUUGACAAAUGUAAAAAAGUUAUUGAUGAUACAUUAAAAAGUGCUAGAAUGAGUGUUAAAGAAAUAAACAAAGUAUUUCUUGUUGGAGGAAGUUCUCAUAUUCCAGCUAUUGAAAGUCUUAUAGAAGAAAAGUUUGGAAAAAAAAUAGCUGAGUCAAAACUUGAUAGAAAUGUUGUUGUAGCUAAAGGAGCAUGUAUGUAUUGUUAUAGUAAAGGGACAAAAGUAGAUGGAUCAAUUAUUCCUAGUCUUAGUGAUAUUACAUUAUAUCCUAUUUAUAUUAAAUCAUUAGAUGACCAAGAUCAAGAAUUUAUGGCACAAGUUGUUAAGGAACAUUCAACUAUUCCAUUAACAAGAAGUUUUGAAGCUGAAGCUGUUGGUGGAAAUGCUAUUGUUGAAAUUUAUGAAGGAACUCAUCAAUUAGGUAAAUUUGUUAUUGAUAACGUUCAACAACCAAUUAUUACAAUGGAAUUAUCUAUUGAAAAUGAUUAUUUAGUUCAUGUCAUUGCUCGAUUAAAUAACCAAACCAUCAAAAAAGCAUAUAAUGCAACCAGAAAACAAAACACUAAUUCUGAAAUUGAAAUAAGAAAAGCACAUCUUCAGAAAUAUUUUAAGUAA